AUGUACAUAACUCGUAUCCUACAGGACCACCUGUACCGUGUGGCUGGACUGUGCUGGUCAGCAAACAACCAGAAGCUAGCGGUAGCCACGGCUGACCGGGUCAUUCUGCUGUUCGACGAAAAUGGAGAACGGCGCGAUAAAUUUUCCACCAAAGCGGCUGAUCCUAAUGCGAUGAAGAAUUCGUACGUUAUCCGGGGCAUUACAUUUAGUCCGGAUUCGAGUCGGCUUGCGGUAGCGCAAAGCGACAGCAUCGUGUACGUGUACAAGCUUGGUGAACAGUGGAACGAGAAGAAGGUGAUUUGCAAUAAAUUCCCGCAAGGUUCGGCGGUUACCUGCAUUUCCUGGCUUGUCGGUGGCUUAAUUGUGGCCGGACUAGAGGAUGGCAAGGUUCGUUCGUUGUACUGCAAAAAUAACAAAUCGAAGACGCUGUACGGUACGGACAGUAUGGUGGUAGCGCUGGCACAAAACACCAAGGGUACCGGUGUCCUAUCCGGUCACGAGGAUGGAUCAGUUGUGCGGUUCCUUUUGGUGGAAGAACCCGGUGAACCAACUGGGCGCUUGCUACAGCAUCCAGUUGCUCCGGUAGCACUAGCCUGGCCACAAGGUGGUAUCGUUGUGGCGGGAUGCGAUAAGAAGAUCUGCUUCUACGAUCUUCAGGGUCGUGCUAUGCGAAAUUUCGAUUAUGGACGGGAUGAAGUGGAGCGGGAGUUUACCGUAGCCGCAGCUAGCCCGAAUGGCCAAGCAGUCGCGGUGGGAAGUUUCGAUCGUCUACGCAUCUUUAGUUGGAGUCCGCGACAAAAUGCUUGGACAGAGUCCCUAUGCAAGACAAUUCCUAAUUUGUACAGCGUAACGGCGGUUUGCUGGAGGAAGGAUGGAUCACGACUCGCUGUUGGAUCGUUGUGUGGAGCUGUACUGGCAUACGAAUCAGUUUUAAGACGCACCAUCUGGCAGGACAAGUUUGAGCUCACGUUUGUGGCUCCGAGCCAGGUGUUGUUACGAUCGUUGCACGAACCGAUCACAACGAUGUUGGUUGAGUCUCAGCUAGGACUCGAAAUUGAUGACAUCAGGAUCAUGGGCAAGGACAGCUAUCUGGUAGGAAGAACUGAAGACUCACUGAUCCUGUGUGAUCUUACGCGCUCCUUAACGAGUGAAAUUCCUUGGAUAGCGACAGGACGUCACGAACGAUUUUACUUCGAAAACCCAACCGUCGCACUGAUCUUCAACGCAGGUGAACUGUCGCUGGUCGAGUACGGUGAACACUACAUCCUAGGCUCGGUACGGACGGAGUUUGUAAACCCACACGUAAUCUCGGUACGCUUGAACGAACGAGGCAACACGCGGAACAACAAAAAGUUGGCCUACCUGCUCGACAUGAAGACGGUGUGUGUGGUGGAUCUGAUGCUCCAAUCGACGAUCGCACAGAUUUCACACGAUUCCAAGAUCGAUUGGUUGGAGUUAAGCGAAACGGGGCACAAGCUGCUUUUUCGCGAUCGUAAGAUGCGUCUCGUGCUAGUUGACGUAGGUACUGGGCAGAAGCAAACCCUGCUCGCCAAGGUCGCUUUCGUACAGUGGGUUCCUUCGAGUGAUGUGGCCGUUGCACAAAGCGACACCAAUCUGGCAGUGUGGUACAACAUUGAUCUGCCCGAGCACGUAACAAUGAUGCCGGUACGAGGAGACGUGGUGGAUGUGCUGCGAGAGGAUGGUCGUACGGAGAUCAUCACACGUGAGGCCGCUUCGGAGCAUGUGUACCCACUGGACGAGGGUUUGGUUGAGUUUGGAACAGCUGUGAAUGAUAGUGACUUUGGACGUGCUAUAUUUUACCUCGAGUCUCUUGGUGAUCGUCCGGCGGCUAAAGCUAUGUGGCAUAAUUUGGCUAAUAUUGCACUGGCACAGCAAAAUUUGCGUGUAGCUCAGCGCUGCUUUGCUGCGCUGGGGAAUGCCUCGAAAACGUUCUACAUCGGUGAGAUGAUUAAGAUUGCUGAACGGUACGAGGAGACGACUGGACCCGGUAUGACCUGCCCCGAGGUUCGUGCUAUGAUGGCUCUUCUUGGUGGGGAUUUGAGAACUGCGGAACGUAUCUACAUCGAGCAAGGUGACAUUGAAGCCGCCCUAGCCAUGUACACCAAACUGCGCCGUUGGGACGAUGCAAUCAAACUGGCAGAACGUCGCGGAUAUCAUGGGCUUGUUGAGCUAAAGGAAGCACAAAUGGAGUUUCUGCUGUCUACCAGCCAGGAGGAGAAAGCUGGUGAAGUGUUGGAGGAACGCGGCGAGAAAGAUAAAGCCAUGACACUGUACAUGAAGGCAAACAAACCGGUCAAAGCGGCUAAGCUGGCACUGAAAACACCUCAUCUGCUUUCAAAUGAGAAUCUUGUCACAAGAGUCUCGGCAUCGUUGAUUAAAGCGGAACUUUUCGAACUAGCAGCAGAACUUGCGAACCGUACCGGUCAACAGCAAACCGCAAUUACCCUGUACCGAAAGGGUGGUGCCUACGCCAGAGCAAUCGAACUUGCCCGUUACGUUACGCCGGAUGAUGUCACAAGUCUGGAGGAAGAGUGGGGUGAUUGGUUGGUAGGAAAACGACAGCUGGAUGCCUCUAUCAGCCACUACAUCGAGGCUGGCUGCACCGUUAAAGCACUAGAAGCGGCGGUUGGAGCUAAACAGUGGCGAAAAGCGGUACAAAUCGCGAAAGUCGUCGAUGAUCCGGAAGAAAUUCAAAAGUAUGCAGUCGAACUAGCUGAACACCUGUGUCAGAUAGGUGACGUAAAAACGGCCGAAGAAUUGUUGGUAAGGGCCGAACUGUAUCGAGAAGCGGUACAGCUACUAAACAAGCAUGGACAAUGGGAGAAAGCGUUCGACAUUGCGGACCGAUACCUGCCCGGUGCCGACGUACGGGAGAUGUUUGUGGAGCUGGCGAAAGGACUCGAGCAGGAGGGAAAAUAUAGGGAUGCGGAACGUGUCCUGCUUACGGUUAAUGAGCCGGACUUGGCCAUUAACAUGUACAAAGAACUAGAGCUGUAUGACUCAAUGAUUCGUCUUGUGGAGCGCUAUCACAAGAGCCUCCUGGAGCAGACACACCUCAACCUGGGCCGUCAGCUAGAAUCGAAAGGUCGACUUAAGAAUGCUGAGGUCCACUUUCUGGCGGCCGGUGACUGGAAGGCGGCUGUCCACAUGUACUGUACAGCGGGCAAGUGGGAGGAAGCACACCGUGUCGCUAAACAAAAAGGUGGUCAACCAGCAUCGGAGCAGGUUGCGUUUAUGUGGGCCAAGUCACUGCCGAUCGAAGGAGCCGCCCGGUUGCUCACGAAGAUGAGUCUGCUGGAUAGCUGCAUAGCUUACGCUUGUGAGGCGGGUCAGUUCGAUUUCGCGCUCGAGCUGUGCAAGGUGAGUGGUCGUUCGGCUGAUGAUGUGCAUUUGAAAAUUGCCAUGGCACUGGAGGAUGAUGGCAAAUUUACCGAGGCGGAAGCUGAAUUUUUGCUGGCAAAUAAACCCCGGGAAGCAAUUAUGAUGCAUACACACGGUGGUGAUUGGAAGUCGGCAAUUCGUGUGGCUGAAAAAUAUCUCCCAGAAGCGGUACAUGAGGUACUGCUGAGUCAGGCAAACAGUGCACUCGAAAGUCGCAACUAUCCCGAGUACGAGGCACUCAUGAUUCGUGCCGAUCGUCCUGAUUUAAUUCUGGAACACUACAAAGAAUACAACAUGGUGGCGGAUGCGUUGCGUAUCGCUAAGGAAUACGUACCGGGAGCGGUGGCAGAGUUGCAAAAGCUGUACGCACGCAUGAACCGAGGCACCGGAGAGUCGAACGACUCGCGCUACCUGCUACAGAAAGCCUCGGAGCACGCUAGGAACGAAGAGUUCCGUCGUGCGACAGAGUGUUUGUUGCAGAUAAACGAAGGAAAUGCCGAUGAGCCUACGGUGGCUCGAGCAUUGCUACGUGCUGCUGAGAUAUGCAACCAGUUCCUCGAGGGAACGGAAGCAAUGGAAAUAGCUCGCGAGCUUGGACCACGCUUGAUCGAGAUCAAUCAAAUAGGUCCCGCGGCACAGCUGUAUUUAGCUGCUGAGUUACCACAGGAAGCGGUCGAUGUCUUUAUACGUACCGACAACUGGGCAAAGGCACGACGCCUUGCAAAAGAAAUCGAUCCACAGUUGGUGGUGUAUGUGGAAGCGCAACAGAAGGCACGCCUCCGCAAUCAGGGCAACGUGGAGCAGCUGGCCGAUAUCGAUAUGGUUGGUGCGCUUGAUCUGCUCGCCGAACAGGGCCAGUGGAUGCGAUGCAUUGAGAAGGCCAAACAGCACAGUGUACCGGUGUUGCAGAAGUACAUGGCACAGUACGCGGCACAACUCAUCCGUGACGGGGACUGUGUGGCAGCUCUCAACCUUUAUCUCGAGCAUGGCGUUCCACCGGUUAGCGCCAACUUUAACAUCUACAAUCGUAUCGCACUGGAGUGUUUCGCACUGCGCGAACCUGAUGCCGUCGCCGUCUGGAAGAAUGUGCGUACGUUUCUGCUCAAUCUAGUGCAAGCACUGCGUGGAUCGGAUCAGGGCGAGGCGGAAAUUAUAGAUCGCUUCGAGCAGCUGCUAGUGAUUGCCCACUACUAUGCAACAAGAGCUGCCUGCCGUCAGGCACCGGCACUGCAAUCGAUUGCGGUGAAGAUAUCCGUUGCACUGUUGCGCUACACGGAUAUAAUUCCAUGCGACAAGGGAUACUACGAAGCAGGCAUGGACCUGCGAGGAUUGGGCCGCGAAUCCGAAGCGUUUGUAAUUCUCAACCACUAUCUGGAUGUGUGCGAAGCGAUUGAGGAAGGUUCGGGCAAUUUGGUGGAUCAUUCGGAUCUGUCGUCGACUGACUUUCCCAGCUCGGUACCGAUUCCUGCAGAACUACACCUGAAGAACGAGCUACAGCUGCACGAAGAGAUCCGUGAAUGGGUGCUCGCAGUUAGUAUGGAUCAGAAGGUUGAUCAAGCACUUCCGACCGAUGAUCGUAAUCUGUACGAAGCUAGUCUGGGGUUGUCCGAUCAACCGUGUCUGGUGAGCGGAUAUCCAGUGAUGGGACGUCAGCCGGUUGUCUUUCAGCGUACGCAUCGGCUCGCUAAUCGGGAUGCUUGGAGCAAACUGACGGUUGCCGCACGGAUGGCACCACAGACGGACAUUCCUGGUGUGAUUGAUUUCAUUGAAAAGUGGUGUGGACCUGCCAAUUUUUUGUCGGGUUAG